AUCAGCUCUUGAGCAAAGAGAACUGAGCAUGAUGAAGAACCAUCGGUCUGUGAUCGCCUCCGCGGCCGCGAUGGCGCUGCUGUGCCUGGCUGUGGCCGAGCCCGUCCCUUACGGCGGCGGAAGGAAAGGCCACGGCGGGUCCGGGUCUGGCUUUGGCAGUGGAGGAGUCGGAGGCGGAGGAAGAGGAGCUGGUGGAUCAGGGUUCGGUAGUGGAGGAAGUGGUUCCAGUUCCGGUGGAUCAGGCUUCGGAAGCGGAGGAAGUGGCUCCAGCUCCAGUGGAUCAGGCUUCGGAAGUGGAGGAGUGGGAUCCAGCACUGGUGGAUCAGGCUUCGGAAGUGGAGGAGUGGGAUCCAGCACUGGUGGAUCAGGCUUCGGAAGUGGAGGACUGGGAUCCAGCACUGGUGGAUCAGGUUUUGGUAGUGGAGGGUCAGGCUUAGGGGGUGCCGGUAGUGGCUCUAGUGGAUUUGGAUCAGGCUCUGGGAGUGGAGGAUUAGGUGGAUCAGGAUUGGGCGGCAGCGGAGGCGGUGCUGGACAAGGUUACAGCGGCAGUGGAAGCAGCUCCUUUGGAAGUGGAGUUGGAGGCAGUGGAGGCCUUGGAGGAGCUGGUGGAAGCCUUGGUGGUGGCAGCACUUUUGGCUCCACUGGUGGUCUUGGUGGCAUUGGUGGCAGCAGUGGUGGCUUUGGAAGCAGUGGUGGAGUUGGUGGCAGCCAUGGAAGUGGUGGAAGCCUUGGAGGUGGCAGCAGUUUCGGUUCCAGCGGAGGUCUUGGAGGCAGCGGCACUUUUGGCUCCACUGGUGGACUUGGUGGCGUUGGUGGCAGCAGUGGUGGUUUUGGAGGCAGUGGUGGAGUUGGUGGCAGCCAUGGAAGUGGUGGAAGCCUUGGAGGUGGCAGCAGUUUCGGUUCCAGCGGAGGUCUUGGAGGCAGCGGCACUUUUGGCUCCACUGGUGGACUUGGUGGCAGUGGAGGAGUUGGUGGCAGCAGUGGUGGCUUUGGAGGCAGUGGUGGAGUUGGUGGCAGCAGUGGUGGCUUUGGAGGCGCAAGCAAAGGCGGGAGCAGCCACCUUAGCACCAGUUACGGUGUACCUAAUUAGUACAUGAAACGAGGAACUGACUCAACAGGCAAUGCUAUUACUGUCCUGCGUAUGUCGAUGUACACCUCCACAUGUGUACAUGUAUGAACAUGUGCUAUAAUUUGUUGGCUACCAAUAAUAAAAUGUUGAUGCAUCA